AUGAUAGGUGUAGACAUUUGUGAGUUUAAAGGAAACCAGUACCUUAUCACUGUUGACUACUACUCGCGAUACAUCGAUAUUGCGUUUCUCUCUCAAAUUACAUCAUUUGCGGUGAUCUGCAAGAUGAAAAAUGUUUUUGCUCAUCACGGAAUCCCAGAAAUUGUAGUUUUAGACAAUGGCAGACAAUUUGUGAGUGCAGAAUUCAGGAAAUUUGCAAUAGAUUGGAAUUUCAAACACGUCACAACUAGUCCGUACUACCCACAAGCAAACGGGGAAGCGGAGAGAGCCGUACGAACUGCCAAAGAGAUUCUUAAACAGGAAGACAUGAUCCUCGCUUUGUUAAUCUACCGCGCAACACCCAUCUCAGCACUAGGAAUGAGCCCAGCAGAGCUUGUUUAUGGUCGGCGACUCCGAAUAACCCUGCCGUCCAUGCCUUCAACCCUUGUUCCACGCACUAUUGAUUAUAGCAUUGUGCGUGGGCGUGACAGUAUAUCCAAGAUACGUCAGAAAAAGUACUUCAAUCGCUGA